CUAAAAUGGUGAGUGGUCUGUAGUCAUGUGUGUUGAUUUAUUUUCAGUUCACAAUUUUAUUAAUUCGGAGUAUUGCCAUAAACAGUGAAAUAUCUACAAAAAUUGUGAAGGAAAUAAUAUUAUCUUCAAGAAUAUCUUUACACUAUUUUACUGGUAAAGCUGUGAAGCAGCUACAACAGUAGACAAUGAAAGUCUGGGGUGCGCACGGGGAAUUCUGCGCUCGUCACCAAUGGGAGGUGAUCGUGGCGACCCUUGCCCUGUUAGCCUGCGCUGCCAGCGUAGAACGCCACGGAGCAGGUUCGAGCUCUGAGAGAUGCGCCGGCUGGGCCAGAGCGUGCCCGGGGCUAGAGGCCGAGUACCAAGCCGCAGACGCUGUCAUAAUGACCAUAGUUCGCUGCGGAGCCUUGCUAUACGCUUACUACCAAAUCUCCAAUCUACAGAAAAUAGCAUCGAAGUAUCUCCUCAUAAUCGCCGGCGUUUUUUCGACGUUCGCUAGUUUCAUAUUCACCUCCGCUCUAGCCAGCUUGUUCUGGAGUGAGCUCGCUAGCGUGAAAGAUGCUCCGUUUCUAUUCUUAUUGGUCGCGGAUGUGGCUAGAGGUGCCAGAAUGGCGAAGGCUGGCUGGUGCGCCGGAGAAGAUCAGGGGAAGAGGGUUGGAAAAGCCUUAGCCUUAUUAGGUCCCACUGCGACUUUAGACACACUGUUGGCAGUUCUCUUAGUGGGCGUAGGUGCGCUAUCGGGGGUUCCGAGAUUAGAACACAUGUGCAGUUUUGCGUGCCUCGCUCUGCUAGUAGAUUACCUCGUGUUCGUCACGUUCUACCCCGCUUGUUUAUCUUUAGUCGCUGAUUUUGCAUCGGCCAGGAAAGACAUUGUGAAGGACAGUCCGUUUUCUGAAGAAGACAUGAAACCGAAUCCUGUUGUUCAAAGAGUGAAAAUGAUAAUGGCCGCCGGCUUGCUUUGUGUGCACUUGACUAGUAGAUGGCCUUGGAGUGCCGAUAGUGGUAUAGUUGAAGGCCCCAACGACAACAUGACUCCGGCGACACACGACAAUGUCUUGCUUCACUCUUAUGUCAAAUGGUUUUCUGUCAGCGCUGAUUACAUAGUGAUAGCAACUUUACUGUGCGCUUUGAUAAUCAAAUUCAUAUUCUUUGAGGAGCAAAGGAAUUGGAUCAUUGACAUGAACGAUAUGACAGUUAAGGAAGUUGUCCAGAAUGACAAGGAAUCAGUGGUAUCUCACAGGAAGCCGUUGUUUUCAGUGGGUGACGAUUCGGGCUCCGAAGUUUCGACUCAGACCGAUUGCACGGCCUCCAUGGAGGAGGAUCUAUGGCCUACGUUAUCGCCUAGUUGUUCAGCAUCCAAGUUAAACGCUAAGAAACGCCCAAUGGCUGAAUGCUUGGAAGUGUACCGUUCUGAAGGCGCUUGCACUUCUUUGAGUGACGACGAAGUCGUUAUGCUUGUAGAACAAUCCCACAUACCUUUACAUAAACUGGAAAGUGUGAUGGGAGACCCCUUACGAGGUGUCAGGUUACGGAGACGCGUCAUCGCUAUGAGAUUUCAAACUGAAAGCGCUAUUAAACAACUUCCAUAUUUAAAUUACGAUUAUAGCAAAGUGCUGAAUGCCUGUUGUGAGAAUGUCAUUGGAUACAUCGGCGUCCCGGUCGGUUAUGCGGGACCCUUGUACGUUGAUGGAAAGCCGUACAUGAUUCCUAUGGCAACGACAGAGGGAGCUCUAGUAGCGUCCACUAACAGAGGUGCGAAAGCUAUAGGACCUAGAGGAGUGAUCAGUGUAGUUGAGGAUGUCGGUAUGACCAGAGCGCCAGCUGUGAGACUACCCAACGUAGUGCGUGCCCACGAAUGUCGCCAAUGGAUGGAUAACAAAGAAAAUUACGCCAUGAUCAAAGAAGCAUUCGAUUCCACAUCGAGAUUUGCUCGCCUCCAAGAAGUCCACAUAGGCGUCGACGGCGCUACACUUUACUUGCGCUUUAGAGCCACUACAGGCGAUGCUAUGGGUAUGAAUAUGGUCUCGAAAGGCGCUGAAAACGCUUUGAUACUGUUAAAAAAAUAUUUCCCUGAUAUGGAGGUUAUCAGUUUAUCCGGGAACUACUGUUCCGACAAGAAAGCAGCCGCCAUUAACUGGGUUAAAGGCAGAGGUAAACGAGUCGUUUGCGAGACAGUAAUCUCGAGCGAGAGUUUGAGGACAAUAUUCAAAACGGACGCUAGGACUUUAGCUAAAUGUAAUAAGAUAAAGAAUCUGUCAGGAUCUGCUCUGGCUGGAUCUAUUGGCGGAAAUAAUGCACACGCGGCGAAUAUGGUGACUGCUAUUUUUAUAGCUACGGGACAAGAUCCUGCUCAAAACGUGACCAGUAGCAAUUGCUCGACAAGCAUGGAGGUUUAUGGAGAAAACGGAGAGGAUUUAUAUGUCACGUGCACAAUGCCUUCUCUGGAGGUCGGCACUGUUGGCGGGGGGACAGUUCUGACAGGACAAAGCGCGUGUUUGGAGAUUCUAGGGGUCAAAGGUGCUGGCACGCGCCCUGCCGCGAAUUCUGCACGACUCGCUUCUUUAAUUUGCGCUACAGUCUUAGCGGGUGAACUGAGUCUUAUGGCCGCUUUGGUCAAUUCUGAUUUGGUCAAAUCACAUAUGCGUCACAACAGAUCUAAUAUUAAUGUACAGAACACCUCGAGUGUGGAGCUGCGCUCGGUCGCACUGAAAGUGCCUAAUUUAUAACAGUUAUUAUUGAAGUUUGAAUCAAACUCGAAUGAUUGAGGCUGCGAACCCAAAAGCUACUGCGUUAAGUUCAGCUCUCGGGUUGGAAAACUUUACCAAUGCUUACUACUUCAAAGACAGCAAACAUUUUGCCUUCAACUGUGAUUAGGGAGUACCUUUGGUAAAAGUUCUUCUUGCUGUGCUUUGGUAAAAGUAUCCGAACAAAUAGGGAUAAAAAUUAGUAAUUGUGUUAACUACUUAUAACCAUUGAGGCUACAUCACCAAAAGUUGUUUUGUUGUGGAAUCGGCAGAUAGUAUACUACAAAUAUACACUACAACCUUGUAGAGGCAUCUUGUGUAUUCUGCCACAGGCACUAAAUUUUUUUGGAAUGCUAACCGCAAAGUGGAGAAAAUUAAUUAUUAACUCGGGUUAUUAUCAUUUUGAAGCAUAAAUUCGAUUUGUGAUGGCAGCUUCUGUAUUAUAAUAUAAUUUUUAAUAUAUUUAUCAGUUAGAAAUUAUUAUUUUCUAUCGUAGAAGAAACGCUCUAGCCAAACAAAACGCGUGGGUAAAUUCUCAUUUGUCUUUGAACUGCCGAUUCCUGCUCCUACUUAACUAACAAUGACAAUGGUGUCAAUUCUGGCGUGAUUCUCUAAACUUAAAACUAAAUUUAACAUCAAUCUCUCCUUUUCGUAUAGAGAAUGACAAGGAUACACUGUUGUCAAAUUUAAGUUUAGGUUUAGAGAAUAGUGUCAGAAUUGACACCAAUAACUUAUUAUUUAAGCGUACCCUCUUUCAAUGAUUUUUGCAGUAGGUAUGGAUUUCAACCAUAUUCUGUUUUACACGCAGUGCCUCUCAAACUUCAAAAGUGACGUGACAGUAUUUUACCCACUUGUAAAGUAUUAUCUUUAAAGAAUAGGUACAAUAUGCGCCACGAAAGAUGAGACUUGACGUGGUUUGACAUCUGGGAUCUUGAGGUCUGAGGGGAGUCAGGGUUCGGGUGCCAUCGGGGUGGCGGAAAGAGCUUGGGAGGCGCGGCACUCAAGUCUCAUCUUUCGUGGCGCGUACUGUUGACAGUUCUAUCGAGGUGUCUAAAAAUAUGUAAUGCCUUAUUUUAAUACGUUAACUUUAACUAAGUUUCAUCUUUGACUGCGAUUUUUAAUAAAUUAAUUAGUUUAAAUGAAAUAAUGGCUAGAUUUACAUUCUGUAAAUUUUGAAGAUUCUGAGCAACGCUGUCAAAGUAGGGAACAUCGCUGCAGUACUUACUCUUUCUAUAGCAAGCCACUUUGUUUACGUCGGUCUAAAUCUAAGUAAUCUGAUGUCUCAUAAUAGUGUGAUUGCUGUAAUCUAAAUCGCCAGUUUAGUCAACAUCGUGAUAUAGAGAAACGGCCUAAACUUACGAAGAAUUGCGAAUACAAAACAUGUGUAAAUAAAUUCAAAUAUUUCUUUUUGGGGAGAAAAUAUUAAGAGUGAUAUGAAGACCAGUGAAUGAUUGAACCUAAAAUAAAGUACGUUAAAAUAGACUAUGUAUGUAAUACAUAAAUAAAACUAAUAAAGGUAGGAUGGUUUCUCAAAACUAGGUAAAAUAAACACAUUUAAACGCCAAAAACUUAUUUGACACAACAUUUUAAAUUAUACCCACCAUGAUAAAAUAUUUAACUUGUUCAAAUUACUUUCACUUAUUGUUUCCGGGUAAUAAAUAAUAUUUUAAACUAACCUGAUUACGCUGAUCUGGAUUUUGGGUUACACUGGUGUCGAUUCUAGCAUGGUUCUCUAAACUUAAACUUAAAUUUGACAACAGUGUAUCCUUUUCAUUAUCUACAUAGAAUGAAAGGGAGAGACUGGUGUUAAAUUUAGUUUUAAGUUUAGAGAAUCAUGCCAGAAUUGACACCAUUAUCUAUCUAUAGACUGGAAAAGUUUAAAAAUAUAUAAUGUAAUAUCUUUAAUUUUCAUUCAUGUAAAUUUUAUUUUAAUCAUUUCAAUUUACCCUGUAACCCAACCGCAAACAACUAACGAAAAACUAUUCAUAUCGCCAUUGUCAAAAUUUCUAUGUAAGGAGUAAGUUUGUUCUUAAGUCCGGUAGGGGCGCUGCUUAGUUUACUUACGUGUUUGGGGCACUGAUCUAUCAGAUACCUUUGAAUCUGUUGACUGCCAGUUUAUUAGAAUUUCUGAGUCACUAGCAAGAACGUGAAACUUCAAGACUAAUAAUUAAUUCAUUAAUUCCCUACUGACACCCAUAAACUGUACCCUUAGCACGAACCAAUAUCGAAUUCGAAUAGUUUGCGAGGCGAAAACUCAUUUUCAAAUGUGUGGCGUUGCUGUUCAAGUUUCCAUACAAAAUUAGACAUUGACAUUUCGCAGUCGCAAACUAUUCGAAUUCGAUAAUGGUUCGUUCAUUAGUGUAGCGUAAACUAAUGACAUAGUGUCGACUCUUUCUUCCUUAUGUAUUUUUUCAGUAUUAGUAAUUUCUAUCGCGCGUAAAUCGCCUCACCUUUAAAGAUCUAAGGCCACACUACAAGUACAUGUAGUGCCGCUGAGUUGGUGCUUAGUAACUUGAUUCUGUUAAAAAGAAACAUAUCUCGUGUAUCAAUGUUUUUUUCCCCAAGUUCAUUUUAAUUAAUUUUAUAUGCUUGAUCUGUCAGUAGCACAAAAUUUGACAAUUACUGAUUAUAAAGGGCUAUUUAUUAUUUUGUACAGACAAAACAAACAUGUAGGGCGAUUCUGUAAAAUAGAAUCUCACUUCCGUUUUCGGUAGCUGCCAAUUUAGACAUUGAUAUUCAUUACGCCAUUACACGGCAAAAUGUCGCGGUAUGUAGAAGCAGCCGGAAUUACAUAUUUGACAUUUGUCAGAAAUCAGAUGAGAUCGCAAGUGAGAUUGCAUCUUACAGUACCCUUAGCACCAACCAAUAUCGAAUUCGUAUCGUUAGCGAGUCCGAAAUGACAUUGUUAAAUGUGUACUGAUUUUUAGUUCUCGUUACGUACUUUGAGCCGCUGCUGCUGAGCUGUUCAAGUUUCCAUACAAAAUUUGACAUUGAUAUUUCGGUUUGCAAACUAUUCGAAUUCGAUAUUGGUUCGUGCUAAGGGUACAUAUCUAUCCUAGUAUUACGUUUCCCUGUGUAAUUGGACAUAUUUUUUAGAGAAUAAUUGAGAAAUUGUCAAUAAAUUAAAUUUAAUAUGUUUAUAAUUUUACUUAUAUCUUCCUCUGCUGUGUUGUUCUAAUAAUUAAGUCCUCUCUAUAAAGAUACAUUUGGUAUUAUAAUGUACAUUUAAAGAAUGAAUAAAGUUGAAUUUUCUACAACGAAGAUAAGGCCAUCCUGUAUUACUGUAACUAUAAACUAAAUCCCCCUUAUUAAUAUAAUUAACCUAUGUAAUUAAUAAACAAGCAACAAGUUUAGACUUGUUACGCCGUGUUUUGUUCAUGUCACUCAAAUGCCAUUUGUGAUUCAAUAAACAGAGACAAAACAUGGAGUAACAUAUCCAACAGUAGUUUUCGUUUAUUAUUAAGGGGGUAAGGCGUUUUGCAGACGACGGGGCGGGGCGGGCAUUUUGUCCGCGAAGCAAUAAAAACCGCGUCUUCCCGUCGAUGUGUGCGGCUGCCCGCGCCGCGUACACAAAGCACACGACGGGCAGAGGCGGUCAGUUCAGGACGUUCGUUCUAGUGAAUAGUCCAUCACUUAAAAGCGCGUGGCGCGGACUGAGCUAGCCGCCCCGCGCCGCCCGUCUGCGUUACUGCAUAUAAACUGGUUUGUAUGAUCCACGGCGGGCAGCCGCGGACAUGCCGCGCCGCCAUCGCCUGUGCCCGCCGGGCACCUGCGGCGCGGUCUUUUUGCCCUCUGUGUGCGUUUGUAGUAUAGGAUUCACUUUGUGCUAUCGUUCGCGGCGAAAUUGACCGGCCCGCUCCGCCCCGCCGUCUGCAAAGCGCCUAAAAGUCUUAAAUCCAUAACGUCAUCAUCAUCAUCAUCGACCCAUGCUCGUCCAAUGCUGGACAUAGGUCUCUCCUAAUGCACGCCACUGCUCCCGAUUUUCUGCCACUCUCAUCCAGUCCACUCCAGCCAGCCUACGAAUGUCAUCAUCCCAUCUUGUCUCAGGGCGUCCCACACUACGUUUACCGAGUCGCGGUCUCCACUCAAGAACUUUACGGCUCCAUCGGACUUCAGUUCUGCGGCUAAUGUGACCAGCCCACUGCCACUUCAGUUUGCUAAUUCUGUGGGCUAUGUCGGUGACUCUGGUUCUCUGUCGGAUUACAUCAUUUCUGAUGCGGUCCUUCAGGGAUACUCCGAGCAUAGCCCUUUCCAUAGCUCUCUGAGCGACUUUAAACUGGUGGACCAGUCCAGCCGUGAGUGUCCACGUCUCGGCGCCGUAUGUCAUAACUGGGAGGACGCACUGGUCGAAGACUUUCGACUUAAGACAUUGAGGGAUGGGUGACGAGAAUCCAUAACGUAGGUAACUUAAUUGCAGUUUUAGUGAAAUUGUAACAUAUAAUAUAUUUUUAAACAAGCUAAGGAUCAUAUUCGAUUUAUUUACCGGCAUUUCUAUUGAAGCUUCUCUGAAAAUUCAACUUUAUUCACUUUAUAUUAUGAUAAUAAAUUUUCUUGUUAAAAAAAAUACGUGCAGAUUUCAUUGGUUGCUAAAUGUGUAUUAUUUGUACUUUUUGCUAAUGACAAAAUACCCUAUGUAUAUACUUAAUUUGUUAAGGUUUUAUGUAUGAAUAUACAAUUCAUAUAAUUAUUGUAAAUUCAAAAAAAAAUGUGUUUAUUCAUUUUGUUAAUUUAUUUAUUAGAUGUUAUGUUAGGGACCAAAUAUGAGUGUGCAGUGUAAUAAUU